AUGGCCGAAUACCCAGUUUCCUAUUAUUUUCUAAAUCUUUUCAAUUUCCAAGUGGAAAUUUUGAAUGGCGGCGAAAGCGAGAAUCAAACAUUUCAAAUUUUUCACAUUCAAAACGUCACCAAAAUAUUGCUCAUAUUAGAGAUUUUCAUAAUCAUUCCAAUUUACAUUCUGUUUUUGGCGCCAUGGUGGAUUUUUUGGAUUGGUGUGCAUUUUGCGUUGAUUUUGGUGACGAUUUAUGGAAUUGCGAGAAGAAAUCAUUUGUUUUUGUGGCCAAUUGUUGUGGUGGCAGUGAGUUUUUUUGCGGAAAUAAAAUUCCCGCUUUGAUAAAAUUUGAAAGAUUUGCAUUUGUAGUGUAAAAUGGUUCAUUUAUUUACAGAACCUUUUGUGUACAGUAAUCCUGAAGCUACAGUAACGUUUGAGUUACAAGAAAAAAAAUUCCAAAGUAUCCUCAAUUUGUCGAAUUUCAGGCUCUCCAAUUUCUAACCUGGUCAACCUUAACAUUUUUCCAAUUUCUCGUGCUCGCUUUCAGCACCGAAACUUUUCUCGAAUUCUAUUCUCAACAAUUUCAUGAAGGAUUUUUCGAGAAAGCGAUUGCUGUUAUUGUUAUAAAGGUAUUUAUUCAUGCACCUUUUUUCAAUAAUCUAAAAUUUUUCGUUUUUUUCAGACAAUCAGUUUACUUAUUGGCCUGUUUUUCUUCUGGCGUUUAACUGUUUUCUACAGAUGUAAAAAAUAUUUUUUCGAAAGAAAAGAACGACAACCAGUUUCGACUGAAAAUGAACUGAAGCUUGUUGAAGAACCUGAAAAACCGAAUGAAAUUGAAGUUUAA